AUGCUGCAUCCCAUGACCCUACCCAGCAUGUCCUGGAUGCUGCUCUCCUGUCUGAUGCUCCUAUCCCAGGUCCAAGCUGAAGAUUCCUCAAAGAAAUAUCACUCUGCCCGGAUCAGCUGUCCCAGAGGCUCCAAAGCUUAUGGUUCUUACUGCUAUGCCUUGUUUGUAACGACAAAAACCUGGGUGGAUGCGGAUAUAGCCUGCCAGAAGCUGUCCUCAGGACACCUUGCGUCUGUGCUCAGUGCGGCUGAAGCAUCCUUCGUGGACUCCCUGGUGAAGAGCAUUUCAGCCACCUACGCAAAUGUCUGGAUUGGGCUCCAUGAUCCCACAAUGGGCGCUGAACUCAAUGCAGGUGGAUGGGAGUGGAGUAGCACUGACUUGAUGAAUUACUUUGCCUGGGAGAGAAGUCCCUCUACCAUCACAAAUCCUGGCUACUGUGGGACCCUGCCCCGAAGCACAGGAUUCUUGAAAUGGAAAGAUUAUAACUGUGAACAGAGGUUACCCUAUGUCUGCAAGUUCAAGGCCUGGGAUGAGUGA